UAAUUUCGGAUUUAGAUUCAGCGUAAAUCCAAAGGGAAAACACUUUAUAAGGCUGAAAGCUAUGUAGUUGCAACAGCCAGGGUUAUGAGCUAUCAAAGGCAAUUACAUUAAAAUAGAUUAUACUGUGUAAAUUGAGCCAUUUAGAAGGUGAGAACCAAAGAAACAGCCCUCAUCCCCCUUCUUUCUAAAUUGCAGUUUUAGUUCCUUGCAAUUCUGAGGCACAAAAGUAGGUGAGACUGCUUUUAUAUCUGCAAAGUGCUUUAUUUCUGAGUGUAAUUCUAACUGAGUGCAAUCUAGGUUAAAAGCUGGACAACUGGGUAAUUAGAGCUCACUUGCUGCUAAAGGACGAUCAGCUGUACCGUAGCUCAUUUGUGUUCCCAGAGAUUUGCUCUCCUCUCCCCUGAGCGGAGGCUGCUGGAGAAGAAGCAUCUGUGCCCGGACUUUUCUUGAUUGCGGAGAUGAUGGUGCUGGACAAGGAGGACGGCGUGCCGAUGCUCUCCGUACAGCCCAAAGGGAAGCAGAAGGGCUGCGCCGGCUGCAACCGAAAGAUCAAGGACCGCUACCUGCUGAAGGCUCUGGAUAAGUAUUGGCAUGAAGACUGUCUGAAGUGUGCCUGCUGUGACUGUCGUCUUGGAGAGGUUGGAUCAACUCUUUACACAAAAGCAAAUCUCAUUCUCUGCCGCAGAGAUUACCUGAGGCUCUUUGGUACCACCGGGAAUUGUGCCGCCUGCAGUAAACUGAUCCCUGCCUUUGAGAUGGUGAUGAGGGCCAGAGAUAAUGUUUACCAUUUGGACUGCUUUGCCUGUCAGCUCUGCAACCAGCGAUUCUGCGUGGGAGACAAAUUUUUCCUGAAGAAUAACAUGAUCUUGUGUCAGAUGGACUAUGAGGAAGGGCAGCUGAAUGGGAGCUUCGAGUCCCAGGUUCAAUAACAGCCCCUGCUUCGCUGGAGCACUGUGGGAUGGGCGCUUGGCCGCACGAGCAGCGAGGGCGUCUGUCAGCUUGCCUGCAAUAUUUUUUUAAUUCUUGGUCCAGAGAGGACUAUAUACAUUGUAGUACUUUUCCCCCCCAACACAAAGCAGUUACAAUUUUAGAUGUACAGUCGUGCCUGCUUAGCCGAGCACUGCAUUGCCUGUAUGUUUGUGAGUUUUUGGGGUCUGGGGGAGGGCUCUGUACAGUCUGUUUUCUGUAUAUAAACUGGAACAUUUAUUUUAUGAAAAAUGUAAUGCAAUUUUAUUACUGGUGUGAAUUAAAAAUUAUGAAUGUUU